AUGAAUAAUGAAAAUUAAGGUUAAGUAAAUAAAUAUUUUUGCAAUAAGAUUAUUAUUCAAGAAGAAGAAUAAGAGAAGUUAGCUUAAUAAGACAAUAAUAAACUAGAAUAAAAUUAAAAAUCCUUUAAAUUAAUAGAAUUUAAUGACUAUUUUUCAGGUUUUCACAUAAAAAUUAACAAUUAAGAUUGCAUUUCAUAUUAAAAUGAAACUUUAAUAUCUACGAAAAGCUAAUCUAAAGAUAGCAUGAGGUAAAUAAGCGAUGAUCUUAUUUUUGAUUAACGAGAGUAUCAAAUAUCAAGUAUGACAACACGAAAUGAAAAGCCUAAUAGGGAUAUAGAAGAUAGCUAGAUUUUUGAUUUAGUAGGGGAAACAAAUUCUUCAUAAAUUAAAAAUAAAAACAAAAAAAAAUAAGCUGAAUACUUAUUCAUAAAUAAGUACUUAAACGGACAGAAAUUAUUUUCUGCUAAUACAAAAUUUUACAUUUAUACAGAUAUAGUUAUUGAUAUUGAUUACUUCAAAAACUAUUCUUAAAAGGAAACUUAUAUUAAUGAAAAUAAGCUAUAAUAGAUUUAAAAGGGAUUUAGAUUUAUUAAUUAGAUAUUUCAUCGAUUUGAUAAUAAAUUUAUUGAGGUUGAUUUAGAGUUUUUUCCAUCUAAACUCAACAAUAUAGAAUAAAUAUUAUUUAUGCUUAAAUCCUUAGGAGAUUCUAACUUGCUGAUUGUAAUUAGCUAGCUGCAACAGCUAUGGAAUACAGUAUAAGAAUUUAAAAUUUUAUUGUUUUAAGAAAGCUAAGAUAUUCUUUUUAAAAAACACUACAAAGACAGACAAUAAUUUUGCGAACAAAAAUAUCAGGAGAUCAUAAGCAAGCUAGAUCAAAAUGAAAUGAUUUUCUUUUAUUAUCAUGUCCCAAACUUUGAAAAAUGUUUAUUUGAAAGUAGGAAAGCAGGAUACUCUCCUUAGCUUUACUAUAUUCUAGCAUAGAACUCAUAUUUUUUUAUGGAUUUUUUGUAAAAAAAUGGGUGUUGUGAUCCAAGGACAUAAAUACACAAGUUAGAGAAUGUAUUUAUAGAAAUAAAUUAAUGCUUAUAAGCAAUUAAAUUAGGCUUACAACCACAUCGAUUUCAGGUUGUUGAAUAAACUGAGUUAAUCACUUGUGAUAGCUUUAUAUUUCCUGUUAAACAAAUAAUUGAUGUGUACCUCUUAGCACAUGAAUAUGACAAGAAACAUAACCUUCAUUUUAAAUCAUAAUACAUACUUUCCACUUACACAUUUAAAUUCGAAGAUCAAAAAGCUUACAAAAACUUUUUAAAAUUUAGAUAGUAAUAAUAAGAAGCAUUCUAAUAUUAAUAUGACUCCUAUUAAAAUUUUACUUAACCUGAUAAUGAUUAUAAAAAUUUUGAUAAUUCACAGAUUGAAUUAAUUGAUAAAUAUUAUGCUGAUUCUAUAGCUGAUUUGCAAUAACUUGGAAACAAAUGGUUUAAGAGAUGUGGGUAUGCAGACAUUCCAAAAAAGAAGCAAAAAAAAUGUAACAAAAUUGAAUCAAAUAAAAGUAAGCAAUGA